GCAAACAGCUCAUCACCAACGGUUUAGUUUAAACCGGCGGUGAUAGUCUAUCACUACCGGUUCUAAAUAAACCCGACGGUGAUGUACACUCAUCACCGCCGGUUCAUAUUACGAACUGGCGGUGAUAGAUUUAUGGGCAUCACCGCCGGGUGGUAACACGAGCCGGCGGUGAUGACCCGUCGUAGAUAUUUUCCCACCAUCCCCGGCCCGUCCUCUCGCUAUCUAAUCCUCUACCGUGUUCUGUGUUCUCAGAUCCUCUCUCUUCAGCAGCCUCCCUCUCCUCCCUUAGAUCCCCUCCCCAGCAGCUUCUCCUUCGCCGAGUCAUGGAGCUGCAGAGAUGCAGACUUGCCCCGCCUUCCUGCCGCGCGAGGUCCGGCGCCGCAGCAGCAGAAGCAAGCACAGCAGCAGCCAUGUACGCCGCCCUCCGCCGCGCGGCGCCACUCCGGCGGCGUGCCGUGUCCGCGCUCGCGGCCGCGCUGCUCCAGCAGCAGCCGGCGGCGUCGUGGUUCCACUCGUACCCGUCGCGGCUGGGGUUCCGGGAGACGGGGCCCCGGGCGCGGCGGCGCGGGCGGAGUUCGCGGCGGCCGAGGAGGGGUCGUUCUACGAGGAGGACAAGAGGGCCGCCAGCGCCGGUGGCGCGGUGGACCAGGGUCUGGAGAUUGCCAAGCUGGGGAUCUCGUCCAAGAUCGUCGAUAGGCUCGCCAAGAAGGGCAUCACCAAGCUGUUCCCCAUUCAGAGAGCUGUUCUUGAGCCAGCAAUGCAAGGAAAGGACAUGGUUGGUCGUGCCAAAACUGGGACCGGUAAAACUUUGGCAUUCGGAAUCCUCCGCUCCGCGUCCUGCCUGCUACCCUGCUGCAUUGCGCACACUUUCAGCCUAUCUAAUGGGUUGCCCGAUACGAGGAGUCAUUUUGGAUCCAUUUGUGGCAUUGCGAAUGGGGCAUUCAGGGACAGGCAGGGACUCAAUUCUGGGAUGAAAAGAUGGAAAAAGAACUUGCUGAGGGACAUCUAUCGAGUACAGUAUUUGACAGAAAUGCAAAUAUCCAGGUGCUCUUUUGGGACAAGUGUUGUUUCUAUGAAGAGAAAUGCAAAUAUACUUCAAAUACACUAUAUAGAUGGAUUUGCUGAGAAAGGUUGGUGCAGCUAGAGAAGUUAAUUGUUUUUUAUUGUUUGGACAUUAAAAUGUCAUGAUUAUAGGGUGGAACCAAGCAUUAGCUAGCUUGAUCAAUGGUAGAAUAUGCCAGACAUGCAUGUUUAAUGUAGAAUAAGCUAUAUAUUUUCCUGGUGAAUGGCAGAAACUGAAAACAUGUCUAUUGUCUGCUUCUUUCAGAUGUUUAUGUCUAUAUUAUUUCUUUCAAACCAAGAACUGUACUAAUUCAUAUCCCAUUCCAU